AAAAACACCACGUACACGGGCGCGGCGCGGAGACCGACCACCACCUCUUCCUCCGGUUGCCUCCGCCCUCGGGCCUCGCCUUCGCUCCAUCGUCCCCGUCUCCAUCCUCCAGGACCGGCAACCCCACGUAGCGCGACAGCUCGUCGCCGUAGUCCAUGGCGGCUACGGAGGUGUACUCGCCGACCACGGCGGCGGCAGCGCAGCAGCAGCGGGGGAAGGCGGCAUCGCAGGCGUGGCGAGCGGUGGUAGGGUGGAUCGGCUUCUUCCUCCAAGUCCUGCUUCAGAUCCUCCGGGGCACGCCCUCCUGCGCACAGCUCCUCUCCUUCGUUGGUUUCCGCUAUCCGCUCCUCUCCGGACCUGCGGCCUCGGAGCCGUUGCCGGAGGUGGCCUUCAUGCCGCUCCACUCCGAGAUCCCUGCUGACGCGGCGCCUGCCCCGAAACCUGCGUCUGAGCCCCUGGGCCGCCUCACGGUAGUGCUUGACUUGGAUGAGACUUUAGUUUCUGCAUAUGAAUCAUCUAGUCUUCCUGCCAUUGUGCGCACACAAGCUGUUGAAGCAGGAUUACAUUGCUUUGAUAUGGAAUGUAUAUCGUCUGAUAAGGAUGUUGAAGGCAAACAAAAGGUGAAUCAUGUGACUGUUUUUGAGCGCCCUGGUUUGCAUGAGUUCUUGCGGAAAACUAGUGAAUUUGCAGAUCUUAUCCUUUUUACAGCAGGUUUAGAAGGUUAUGCUAGACCUUUAGUUGACCGAAUAGAUGUUCACAAUAGAUUCAGAAUUCGUCUCUAUCGCCCAUCAACUGUUACCACGGAAUAUAGAGAACAUGUGAAAGAUCUUACUCGCGUGUCAAAAGAUUUUGGCAGGAUUGUCAUUGUCGACAACAAUCCGUUCAGUUUCAUUCUUCAGCCUUUGAAUGGAAUACCUUGUGUUCCAUUUUCAGCUGGACAACAUUCUGAUGAUCAGCUCAUGACGGUUAUAUUUCCACUCCUGAAGCAUCUUUCCCUCCAGAAAGACGUCAGACCCGUAUUGCGUGAAAGAUUUCAUAUGCCAGAAUGGUUCCAAAACCAUGGGAUCCCCCAAAUUAGUCAGGCUGUGUAAGUUUUGCUGCCGCACAAUGGAAUUGUUUUGAUGAAGGCUGGAGUGCCUACUAUGCUAUAAGCCCCUUAAGGUCAUGUUCGUUUGAUCCCAAAACCAUAGGGAUUGAGGGGGAUUGGAAGGGAUUGGAGAGGAUUUUGACUUAUAGGGGAUUUAAUCCCCCUCAGUCCCUAUGGAUUAGUACAAAACGAACAGGGCUUAAGGGAGAGCACUUGUACAUUAUUAUCAAUAUUCACUUAGGGUUCUUGAUAAAACCGAGUCGCUGUUCAUAUGGAGUUGUCACACCCGAAGAUAAGAAGAUUGUAAUCUAGCAUGACCUCAGAUUUAAAUCUGUGUAGUGGAGCAUUUUAUAUCAAUUAAUUGUUGUAUAUCAGCCUC